AUGGCCCAUAUAGAACCCUCGGCUGCUCGAGAAAUGGAAACCGUAGGUGCUUUUGUUCAACGCCACAUCAGCCUGGACAGGAGCUUCAGAAGCUGCCGAGGUUUCGACCUGGCAUCUGACGGUAGACACUCUCCUAGUCCCUUCAGAACGGGCUCGGGGAGGAAGAGAGCGUCGUCGACAGUGAGCGCCGUCGAAGCUCAUCACGGCAUGUAUGAGCCGGUCGGCGUCAACCCUCCCAGACAGAUUCCCCAUGAAGUCUCCCGGGACCUGAUCUGUCUCUGUGCGCCGGCACCCAAGAUCCCCAGGCCAAGAAACGCGUUCAUCUUGUAUCGCCAGCACCAUCAAUCGCAGGUUACAGCAGAUAACCCAAAACUCUCAAAUCCCGAGAUAUCCAAGAUAAUCGGGGACAAGUGGAAGCAUGAGAAUGACGAUGUCAAGGACAACUGGAAGAAACUUGCCGAGGAGGAGAAACAGCGACAUCAUCAUCAAUAUCCCAACUAUCGAUACCAGCCGCGACGCGGUAGCAAGGCUCAUGGCAACUGGACGGGCACUUCACCAGCAGAUGAGCAUGGGCGAUGUUUAAAAUGCCAUGGACAGUCCAUCUCCACCCCCAGGACGCCCCUCAACCCCGUUUCGUCAUCAUCUCUCGGGCAUUUCGGUUCCUUGUCCCAGUCACAGCCAUCUUUGCGACAUCUGGACACGGGCGUCUCAUCACGCCGCUCGAGUUUCGACCAGUCUCCGACCAGCACCCUCCCGUUUCCUCGCCAGUUCUCUCUGCUUCGUGAUGCCGACUAUAGCGAACCGAAUUCUCCAGAGACGAAAAGACGGCGUGUCAAUGAUGUGGGCGGGUACCACGCCAUUAAUGGAGCAGCAGGGUCGUAUACCAUCAGACCGCCUCCCGAGUUGGGACGCACACCACCAGAUGGAGCUGCCAGUUUGAUGAGAAGUUACACAGGGACGACCCUGCCGGAGCUGGCAAGCUUUCCAAGGUCCCAGAGCGGUCCCAUGCCCAUGCCUCCGCCUCUUCGGCCUCCCGAAUCCUCGAAAUGGCCUGUUGAUGAGAAAGGCCCAAGCCGUCGGCAUAGCGUGUUUGAUCAAUCCCUUCGCCUACCCCCUCUGCAAACGCCCAUUCCCCCCUCGCCCUCUAGGUCGCCGGUGGUGGAGGAUAAGCGCGUGAGCAUCCCGUCAUCAACGACAUCACCCGUCUCAGCGAUCAAGAGCAGCCAGCAUACAGGAAGCCUCAACACCAGAGUGACGACGAGGGAGCCCGUAUUGACCCAGAAGAUUGGCAUCCUCUCAACCAUCACUGAGCCGUUGCCUCCUGCAGGUCAUCAUGGGCUACGCGGGCGCAAGCGCGGAUAUUUUAUUGCUGUUGAAGGGACUGACCCAAAGAACCUUGAUGAAGUCGGUCGUUUCCUAGAAAAGGUCCUGGUCGCGAGUGGCGAUGUUGCUCUCAAGGUUUGGGAAAACGACGAAUCUGUCGAUUCUGAAGGGGCCGAGCUGAGGGCGACUACCCGCCGCCAGGGAAUCGAGGCAAAGGAGGCAGUUGCCAGCGUUAGAGAUGACUUGCUCUCGAGAUACUUUGACACCAUUUUGUCAUGGCGUCAAAAGUCAAAGCAGAUUGCCUAUCAUGUCACGGGCGGACGCUCAAUGGGAGAUGCUCCCAACGGGGGAGAAUUCGAGGGUUCAAGGGUAGUGCAAGCACUGUCGACAGAGGCAUGUACUCCUCCACACGACGACAGAAGCCCUGAAGCCGGCCCGAAGACGCCGGUUGCUUUGGUGAAAGGUGGGCACAGCCUGACCGUUGCGGACAGUUAUGCAUCGGCAAUGCCCAUCUCGGACAAGUACACACCUGAGGACCACUGGCAGUGGCUGGUCAGUCUCUGGCGAGGCACACCCCAUGCCGACCUGGUGGUGCAGGUUGAGGACUGCCAAGAGAAGACCGGCUCCGUGGCGACAGUGGACGUUUCAAGGAGCAUUGGCCUGGUAUUGGUGAGAAUUCCGAAAGAGAAAGGGUUAGAUGAGGCAACAGAGCGGAGGUUGGCAUUCGAGGUCAUGGAAUGGAUGCGAGACGGGCCCUUUCGUGAGGAUUUCGCAAGCAAGUUCUAA